UUAGCAUCUAGUUUGUGAAAAAAAAAUGGACUUUGUUAAACAAAUGUCGCUUCUAUUCUUCAUUUCAUGUUUUGUUGUAAAUUUGGCUUGUGCAGAGAGGUCCACCUACAUAGUUCAUAUGGACAAAUCAUUUAUGCCGACACCUUUUGCUAGUCAUGAAGAAUGGUAUUCAAAUACCAUUGAUUCUCUGAAAUUUACCCAACCCAAUUCAAAGCAACAGAGUUCUCCUUCACUGAUCUACACUUAUAACAAUGUACUUCAUGGAUUCAGUGCAUUGUUAUCCCAACCUGAAUUAGAAGCCCUCAAGGAUUCCCCGGGCUUUAUUUCGGCUUAUAGCGACAAAGUUGCGAAACUUGACACAACGCAUUCUUACAAGUUCCUAUCUCUCAAUCAGGAAACAGGGCUGUGGCCAGCUUCUAAUUAUGGAGAAAAUGUCAUAGUCGGUGUCAUUGACACCGGCGUGUGGCCGGAAAGCCGAAGCUUUCGUGAUGACGGAAUGCCUGACAUUCCCUCCAGGUGGAAAGGAGGAUGUGAUGGCGGAUAUGAUUUCAAUUCAUCAUUGUGCAACAAGAAGCUGAUUGGGGCUAAAUACUUCAACAAGGGAGUGUUAGCUGCCACCAAAACACGCCGUCACGAAAUGUACUCCGCGAGGGAUGCCGCGGGACAUGGCACGCACACCUCAUCCACUGUUGGUGGAAAUUAUGUGAAGGGAGCUUCGUAUUUUGGUUAUGCCAUGGGGACAGCAAGAGGGGUCGCGCCUCGGGCGAGGUUGGCGAUGUACAGAGUCAUUUUCGAAGAAGGGCGUUAUGCCUCUGAUGUACUCGCAGGCAUGGAUCAAGCUGUUGAUGAUGGUGUUGAUAUCAUUUCAAUUUCAAUGGGAUUUGAUGAUGUUCCAUUGUAUGAAGAUCCAAUUGCCAUAGCUUCUUUCGGAGCUAUGGAAAAAGGUGUUCUUGUUUCGAGCUCAGCAGGGAAUUAUUAUACAACUCUUGGAUUGUUACACAACGGAAUUCCCUGGGUGUUAACUGUUGCCGCUGGAUCAAUGGACCGUUGGUUUGCCGGAACUUUAACACUUGGGAAUGGAUUAACAAUCACUGGUUGGUCGAUGUUUCCUGGAAAGGCUUCUGUUCGUAAUUCACCUUUAAUAUUCAACAAAACAUUAUCUGCUUGCAAUUCAACCGAGCUUCUGUCACAAUUUACUUCUGGAACAAUCAUUUGUAACAGCAUUGACUCAUUCAACAGAGAAAUCAUCUCGCAAUCAAGAGUUGAUGCUGCCAUCUUCAUCACUGACAGCUUUACUUUCGACGGUUCCACAUUCCGGUACCCUGGAGUCAUCAUUAGCAGUGAAGAGGGUGCCAAGGUGAUUAGGUAUGCUCUGAAUGGAGCAAAUCCCACUGCCACAAUCGAAUUCCAGCAAACGUUGCUCGGGAAAUCGCGAGCGCCAAUCGUCGCUGAAUAUACUUCCAGAGGUCCUUCGCCGAGCUAUCCAGGAGUUUUGAAGCCAGAUGUAAUGGCACCAGGGACAUUGGUUUUGGCCGCCUGGAUACCAAAUGAUCCUGUUGCUUUAAUAGGCACAAAUAUUAGGUUAUCAAAUGACUUUACCCUUGAAUCAGGCACAUCUAUGGCUUGUCCACAUGCUUCUGGUAUUGCUGCACUUCUCAAAGGCGCGCACCCUGAAUGGAGUCCGGCAGCGAUCCGAUCCGCCAUGGUUACCACAGCAAACCCGUUGGACAACAUGGGAGAUCCUAUCAAGGAUAUUGGAUUCGAUUACGCGAUCGCAACCCCUGUAUCCAUGGGAGCAGGACAAGUCGAUCCCAACAGCGCGCUUGAUCCAGGCCUAAUAUACGACGCCUCAGUUGAAGACUACAUCCAGCUACUUUGUUCCAUGAAUUAUACCGAGAAACAAAUCGCUACAAUCGCUAGGUCGAAAUACAAGUGUUCGACGAACUCUUCUGAUCUAAACUACCCAUCAUUCAUUGCUUUGUAUAAGAACGGGACAAAGAGUGUCAGGACUAAGAGAUUUGAAAGGAUUGUCACCAAUGUCGGAGAUGGAGAAGCCGUAUACAAAGCUCAGGUGACUUCACCAAAGGGUUCAUUGGUUAAUGUCUAUCCUGAAACAUUAGUUUUUGGACAGAAGUAUGAUAAGCAGAGUUAUUCUCUAUCCAUAAAGUACAAGGCUGAUCAUAAUAUGACUGUCACAUUUGGGUCCAUAACUUGGGUUGAGGAGAAUGGUAAGCAUACUGUAAGGAGUCCUAUUGUGGUCGCACCCAUGAUUCCAGUUUGGUGAUCCAUUUAAAUUAGGCUAGUAUUUUUCUUUUUAAGCUUUAAGAACUGGAAGUUUCAGAUUUGUAGUUGUUGGUUUGAAGAAGAAAACAAAGAGAAAUAAAAUUGAAAUUAUUGCGUGCACAUUAAGUGCAGGGAGCUGCAUGCACUUAAUGCGCGUGGAAUUACACGCUUAGCGCAGAGGUGUGAACAGUGCCACGCGUGGUUACUGCACAAUCUUUUCUUUUUUGUUAUUUUAUUGGUUUUUUUUUUUCUCUUUUUGAAUUUUGGGAUUUUUUUUUCCCCAAAUGUUAUAUUAUACAUUUAUCUAGGUAAAUGGGUUUUAAAAUUUUCUUUAAUUUUCAAAUGAUUUUAUUUCAUAAUCCGUAAAUAAUUAGACCAAGUGUCUUAUCU